UGUCGCGAAAACAAGUAUUUAAAUUUAUACAAAACAAUGUAUAUACACUUACUAGAAGUGAUGUUCGCUUAAUUUUUUCAAGUGAAUUUAUUGACGAAAAACCAAUUAUUUACUCGAUAAACAAAAGUGACUGUUUAUAGGUCCUUCAUUCAAAAAUCGUGUACACCGCUAUUUCUACAUAUAAACAUAAACACAGGACGUUCGUCAUUAGAUUCUGUGUAUUUUGUAAGUUCAAAGUGUUCCAAUCGAGUUAAAUAACAAUCGAUCGGUUAAAAAAAAUUGCGAAGUCUUUUAGAGUGAUCGGCACUUCAACUAAUUUGGGGAUAUUGCAAAAAAAUAAAUAAACGACAACACACUGAGAAUUUCAGCGAAGAAUGCGUAAGACUGGGUGUUAUCAAAAUCAAGUGUGUGAUCUAGUGUACGCGAAAGAUAAUAGCACGACAAUAACAGCAGAGGAGAAAACAAGAUUCAGCGACCGCUUGAAAUGUCUUUAGUACGGAAAUAUGCGCUCAGAGCGAUAGAAGCAAACAGCAAAAUUGCUACUUCACUUUCAAUCGCCUAAAUAACUCAAAGAAAACAAGAACUUAAAAUCGCUUAAAAUAUCGUUAAUAUUCUGUGAUAAAAAAAAUGUGCUAUUUUUAGAGACUUAAGAAAGUAAAUAGUUUUUUAUUGUGAUCAAAGUUUGUUUGAAUAACCAGUAAAAAUCAAGUGAAAAAAUGAAGUCAAAGUCAAAGUCAAGGGAACAAAAGAAGACAUUAGCCGAUGCAGAUAUGAUUCCACCAAAUGGAAAUUAUGGCUGGGUCAUUGUCAUCAGUUACGCCAUUGCAAAUUUCGUAGGCAUUCCAACAACUUCCAAUAUCGGCUUGAUAUUCAAAGACAAAUUUGAUGAAAUGCGGGUUCCAGCAGCUGACGUGACGCUCAUUAUUAACAUCAAUUCAGCGCUCUCGAUGUCAUUGGGAUUGAUUAAUGGGCCGUUAUUAAAAUAUUUUGGUUAUCGAAAAAUAAGCAUUGUUGCUGCGUUACUAUUCUCCACUGGAUUGAUGCUAACUGCUUUAACAGAUAGCGUAUUCGGUCUCGUAAUCAGCUACAGUAUAAUAACAGCAAUUGGAUAUGGAAUGUCGAAUUCGAGUUUUAAUUUAGCUCUUAAUUCAUUUUUCACGACCAAACUGAAUAAGGCUUCUGGUAUUGCAAUGACCUUAGCAGGGAUCGGUCCCAUCGUUUAUCCACCGUUAAUCAAUUUGUUGUUGCAUUUAUACGGUGUGAAUGGUUGUAUGUUGAUUAUCGGGGCCAUUGCAUUGCACAUGCUAGUUGCAGCUAUAAUGCUGCAACCACUGAAAUUGCAUCUUGUCAGAGAUACAUUUUUUGAUCUACCACUCAAAGAACCAUUACAUUUUCCUGCCAUCUUACCAAACGUAUCCACUUUGCUUUCAAUUGGCAAAUAUUCCGAAUCAAGCUUUGUUCCGAACAGUGGUCCUCAUCCUGCGUAUGCGUCAAUCAAUGACCUUAAUUUCGAUCAAAAAUCAUCACAUUUCGAAUUAAGUCAUGAUAUUGAUACACAAAGUAUCUACGGUUUUGAUCAAAUUAUUCACCGACAACCGUCAAGCAAUAAGCUUGAUCAAGCAGCAAUUGCUCGAAACUUUUCAAAACGUACACUUCUCACAAUUCCACAACGAGAACAGCUCGGUCUAUUAAAUCAUAAUAGGUCCAAUGUUGAUAUGUCUGAGCCACAAAUACAAAUUGGCAAACCAUUACGAUGGUUCGAAUCGGGAUCAGUGGGUUCGGUGCAUUUGGCCAGUUCAUUGGAAUUAUUUAAAGAACCAACAGUAACAACAGCUCCAAAUGGUGGCCCACGAAAAUCAAUAUUUAUGCCAUUCCGAAGGCAAAGUCAAAAUUUAAUAAAUGCAUUGCGAUUUACGACGCGACGUGCUUCGCAUCUUUUUGUGCCCGGCGAAGAACCAGAGAUGAAUAUCAAAAAAAAUCCAUCUGUAUCCGAAAAAAUAAAAAUGAAUGUCAUGCAUGAAGAUAACGAAUUUAACUUACCCGUUGAACAACCACCUCAGGAUGACGACGAUGACAAAUGUUGUUGUUGCUCCAUAUUUAAAUGGUUUGUGCAAUUUUUCGAUUUGGAUCUACUGCGCGAUAACAUUUAUUUAAACAUCAUGAUCGGAAUGGCAAUCUCCAUUUUUGCCGAGACCAAUUUCGCCAUUUUAACUCCGUUUAUUUUAUCGGAUUUGAAAUUUAACACCGACGAAAUAUCAAUCAUUCUAUUUGCAAUGGCAAUAUCCGAUUUAAUAUCACGAUUCUGUUCGCCGUUCAUCGCCGACAAAUUUAAUCUGUCAAUUCGUGUCUCAUAUUUAAUCAGCCUUGUUCUAUUGGUGCUAACAAGAAUGUCCAUGAUGUUUACAUCAAACUACGUAAAUAUGCUGAUAAUAUGCUCUGCUUUGGGAGUUGCAAAAGGUAUACGUUCAGUUUAUAUGAGCAUUGUAAUUCCUUCUUAUAUCCCUCUCGAUCGACUGGCAUCGGCUUCGGCGAUUCAAUUAUUUGGUAACGGUGUUGUAAUGAUGGUUAUUGGACCAGUUUUAGGUCUUAUAAAGGAUAUCACUGGAAGUUAUGUUGGUUGCAUACUAUUUUUAAACAUGUGCACUCUUGUCACAAUUUUGAUGUACUCAAUUGAACUAGCUUAUACUUGGUUUAAGAACAAAUCAUGCAACACAAAAUCAAGUAGCUAACACAAUGUUUAGACUGUAGAUUGCAUUUAGUUUAAAUUAUAGAAAAGAGAUUAAAUAGCAUUUAUGGUAUUGCAAAUAAAAAU